AUGCAUUGGGUCUCCGGAACAUGGCUUUGGGCUAAGCACAGAGCCCGCUCAACAUCCUCCGGAACACCAAUCUACCUCGAGCGCACCCCCAGCACCGACGACCGCCGCAACCGCCGGCGCACCUGGUCCCUGCCCACCAACCCCCCAGACGACUCCUCAAACUCCUCCGCGUCAACCGGCUCACGCAGUCGCGGCAGCAGUACCAGCCACGGCAGCACCCACGCCCACAGCCAACAUUACAGCAGCCGCAGACACAGCCAUGCCCAUGCCCACACCCACACCCACACCUACAACUACGACGCCAACCCAAACCACAACCCCAAUCUCCUCGCCGUCGCACAACUCCGCUGCAUCCGCUGCGGCGGCCUCCGGUCACGCGAAUACCACUACCUGCACUUCGACGACCCAAUCGCAUACCCCUCCAUCGGCAUCUGCUCACGACGCAAGACGAGAUGCGCAAGGGCGAAAAGUGACCCUGUACCCCUGGGCCAGCCGCCCGCAACCGCCGUCGCGCCGUGCUUCGAUAUCCCUGAGCUCGCUGAUACGUCGCCCGCUAUGGCGAGGCCUGUUACUGCGGGUGCGGAUCCGGAGAAGGAGAGGUAUUAUGGGCUUUCUAUGAAUUUGAUGAGGAUGAAGAGUUUGGGUUGA